AUGCAGCAACGCUACCUGCCCUUCAGCGCGUCGCGCUGGAUCGGAGUGGCUCUCAUCAUUGCGACUUUCUCGCGCGUAAUCCGCACUCGACCAAUGUAUAGCUCACAGCUCAGCUUUGUAAGUGCACGAGCCACUCACACGGGGCUACCAUCAUUGCAAGUCAGCUUCAGAAGUCGCUCAUUCUUGAGUUGAACCUGUCAACCCUUUACAGCUGGCCGUGCGUCAGUCAGGAGAGUCCAAGGGUCAAGACAGCGCCAUUACCUCCGGGAAUGCCCCGCGUUUGAAGCAGAAGGCUAUCGCUUCGGUGAAGCCCCGCAUCAGCUUCGACAAUGACUUCAAAGUCAAUUUUUCCCAAGCACGCGAAGCUACGAGGCGAAUUGCCCUCGAGACCAUCGAGCGCGAGAUGGCGGCCAAACUUGCUCAUCGUCCUCAGGUAGGCCACUUUCAUGUGACUGGCAUGAGAGCCCACAAAGUCGGCAACUCGAUAGACGGCUUCAAAUUCUCUGGCACAGCUCACGACAUUGGAGGAAAUCCUCUCGCCGCACCAACCGAGCUACAUCUUCGCCCGGACAUGCUCGUUGCUGCAAACUGGAUACACGCCGCAUCGGGCGCUUUGCACAAAUGA